GUCUCCAAGGGGAAGAAAAAGUGGGACCCUCUCUAUUCCGAGUGUCCUUUAGCCAACUCCCCCUCCCCGACAAACUGCAACGAAAUAAACAAUUGGCCUUGUCGAUGAUUACAGCAACGACUUGGGUGCCCCGCGGCUUUGCAGCCCAAUUCCCGCAGCGUUACGAUAUUGACGAGAAAGAGUUUGAGCGGAUAGCGGACCUUGCGAGAUUACAUCUUGAGGAUGCGAAGGAGGAUUUACAGGAGGCGAAAUCCGCUGGUAGUGAUGCCUACAAAGGAGAGGAGAAGGGUGGAGAGUCCAAUGGUCCGGGGGUGGAGGCCUGUGACAAAGAUGAGGACAUGCAAGAGGUUGGCGAUGAAAAGUAUGUGCUCUCGGUAAAUGAAUAAGUUCUGGUUGUGAGGAAUGCUAAUCUGUAAUAGAGACGAUGAUGAUCUGAGGGAAUAUGAUUUGGAUAAGUACGAUGAGCCGACCGAGGCGGAAGUUGUCGACGGCGAGAGUUUGUCUCCCCUCUGUCUACAGUUCUAAUUGUUCACUGACAGACGAUUUUUCAGGCAUGGGCAUGUUUGGCAACAUCAAAGGUCUAGCAUAUUACCAGCCUGGCGAACAAGACCCCUACAUCACCAUGGACCCAGUAUGUAUUCCCGCGCGAUCACACGGCCCACAAAACACUAAUAAACAUCCGAUAGCAAGACGCCGAAGAGGAGCGAGAAGAGCUUCAAGUGCUGGGAACAGACAACCUCCUCCUCGUUGCUAAAACUGAAGACGACAUCGCCCAUCUGGAAGUCUACGUCUACGAGGAUGAAGCCGACAAUCUUUACGUCCACCACGACAUUAUGCUUCCCGCCAUCCCCCUCUGCGUAGAAUGGCUUGACAUACCCGUCGGUGGCACCAGUGCUGCCGAUAGCAAAGACGCUCAAGGCAACUAUGCUGCUAUCGGGACUAUGGACCCGGACAUUGAAAUAUGGAACCUGGAUCUCGUAGACUGCCUCUUCCCCAAUGCAAUCCUUGGCACCGGCAGCGAGCCUUCGCCCGCCUCCGCUAGCAAGAGCAAGAAGAAGAAGAACAAGAAAAGGAAGUCCCCCAAGGUAAACGAUAACUACCACAUCGACGCAGUCCUCUCUCUUUCCGCCAACCGCCAGCACCGCAAUCUCCUCGCCUCCGCAUCAGCUGACAAGACGGUGAAACUCUGGGACCUCUCCACAACCAAGUGCGCGAAAAGCUACAACUCCCUGCACACCGACAAGAUCUGUGCAUUAGCCUGGCACCCAAGCUCUGCAACAACUAUCCUAAGCGGCAGCUACGACCGCACAAUCGUCUGGUCUGACAUGCGCUCCCCGGACGCCGCCAGCACAAACCCACGCUGGGGCGUGGACGCUGAUGUGGAAGACGUGCGCUGGGAUCCGCAUGACGACCACUACUUUUACGUAUCCACCGAGUCCGGGAACCUCUACUUGUAUGACUCCCGCCACCCCCCUCCCGCCUCCAUGCUGGCACAAUCAAAGCCAGUAUGGACGCUGAACGCACACGAUAAAUCGCUUUCUGCGUUCGACGUCAACCCUGUAAUCCCCGGGUUUAUCGUCACCGCGUCCGUGGACAAGUCCGUCAAGCUGUGGAACACCCGGGCUGAGAAUGGGGGUGGGGGGCCGGCGAUGGUGGUUUCGAGAGAUUUCGAUCUAGGAAAGAUCUUCUCCACCAGGUUUGCACCGGAUAAAGAGGUGGGCUUUAGACUUGCAGUUUCUGGGAGUAAAGGUAUUGUGAAGGUUUGGGAUACCAGCACAAAUGCCGGGGUUAGGAGGGCGUUUGCCGCGAGGGUUGGUGGGGUGGCUGGAGAGGAGAGGGAGGAAAGAGUUGUCGGCGCUGCGGAAGAUAGUAGUGAUGGUAGCGAUGAAGAGGGGGAGGGUGGUGUUGCGGUGGAGGGUGGGGAUGGCGAGGGCCCGGAUGGGUGGGAGAGUAUGGAAGAGGAGUAA